AGAACCAGAGGGCAGAAGAGAAAAAGAGUUUCCAUGGCUGAAGACAGAGAAGAGAAAAUCGAGGAACCACUGCCACGGGAGCGCCGACAACGCCAGUCUGCAGUGCAGAAAAAACCUAAAGCUGACGACACGAGGACUGAGUGUACAACUUGCAAAGGACCAGGCGACAAUGAAAAUCUAGUGAGGUUGUGAGAGCCGGGGCAGCCACCUCACCUUCCAUAAAAUCUCGGGACUGAUGACCGUUGGCUUAGAGACAGAGAGAGGCAAAUAGAAGCUCGAAUCAGGCUGAAGAACAGGAAGGACACGUCGCCUCACAGCACCUGUGAUCCAAACUGGACCUGCAGCUGUCCAACUAAAAACAAAACAAAAAAAAAAGAGCAGAACUGUGUGAAUUUAAAACGUGGAAUCCUAAAUGCUGAAGUUCAUUUAAUUUGAUUAGUCUUUGGUUGCAUUUUGUCACAGUGCCAGUAUGUAAACAGACUGUUGUGUGUAGGAAUCAAUAGAGUUGUGUUUGUCCAAAGAAAAAAAUUAAGUUUUGUAAUUUUACAGUUCAUUUAUUUCAGCAAGUAAAAACAACUUUUUUUUCUUUUCUUUAUUUUGCCUAAAGGUUUCAUUUUCAGAGGGUUUGUUUUCCAAUCUUAACAAACUCGGAAGCUGUUCUCUAAAUGUGCUUUAUUUAUAUUUAAAACAGAGAACAGUCUGAGAGGACUGGCAAGAAAAUGUCACGUUUUUUUUUAAACUUAAUGCAUUUUUGUAGAUUACACUGUUGUUUUUACAUUAGCCUUGUUUAAUAGGAAAAUCUUGACCAUUAGUGGAGUUCUAUGUAAAGCUUAUAACCAAAAAAAUAUCUUAUCCCUCUUAGAUAGCUCUUUAAAUACCCUCAGUUUGUAGAAAUGGCUUUAAAGUAUUGGAUUGACGAGCUAAUGGCUCUAGUUACAGCAGGGCCAAAAUCAAUUAAAAAUAAAAAUUUAUAUAUAUAUAUUUCAAAUUGCAGUAUUAUUUACAUAAACUUCCAGUUAUUUUCAUGUCUGAAAUACUUGCUAAUGUUAACGUUUCUGCUAAAACGGUUAUUAAAAAUUUUAGUCAAUGAUAUUUGCAUGAACGGCUAUAAAAAUUUAAAAGACAGCAUGGUUUAAAGAUGAAAAAUCCACUUUAUACUUUCUGAACUAGCUGCUCAUCAGUCUGGGCAGAGUUUGAUAUAUAUAUANAUAUAAUAUUUUUUUUUAGAGAGGGAUCUACAACAGGUAAGAUGUUUUUUGGUCAUGGCUUUUCAAUAGAACCACAAUUCAAAAUAUUGCUGGAAUAUCCCUUUAAAGACUGCAGUUCAGUCUAGGUGUCAAGUUUCCACCUGCGAAGGGAGGAAAAGCGCAGAGCUCAGUUUGGUUUACAGCUGUUGCAGUUUUCUCCAGUUGAGUUUUUCACCUUCACUCUGUAUCAGUUCUGUCUUUGUGUCUCUAGGCUCUCGCUUUCAACCAACAGUGGUUCCAUUUUUUCACAUCGGCCAUUUCUUUUUCUUCUCUUUUUGUGUGACCUCUAAUCAGUACUAAUCAGUAUUAUUGAUGGAAGUCAUAUGCCAACCAAUUACCCGUAGCAAUUUAGUGCAACUAAUUAGAGCACUUCAGAAAAGGCUCUCAGAGACCCUGGUGUUGUCUUUAACUUUGUAGAGGACUAGAAGUAAUAAGAAAAGUCACUGCUGUUUAUAAAAAAUGCAUCUGUAGUAGCGUAGUUAGCAGUGGUAGCAUUAGGUCAAAUGGUGUAGUGUGCUUUAGGCUUUUAAAGUCUCUUUUUGUCGCAGGUUUUUUUUUUUUUUUUUGAGUGACAGUUAAACGGACACAUCCUGAGAACGAAGCCCAGCUUUGUCUCCCCUGUCCCUGCUGGCCCUCAGUGCUGUCAAAACAGCAGCUGCUCGUCGUUCUGUCAGGACUCAUGACAAGCGUCACGUCUUGGCCUCACAUUUCCCUCUGUCUGACCCUGUGUGCAUGCUUUAGGGAACAUGUCAACCCACUCGCAGUGUUGCUGCAUUUCGCUCCAGAAACCGCGAGUCUUCAGAGAUCGGCUCCUGGUGCAGAAUGUUACGUUACAGUGCAUGGCUAUCAAUAGAUCGGCUCAGUAAUAUAAAGCUAAGUGAUGUGUUGUUGUAUAAAUGUGAAUGCUAGUUAGUUUGAUAUGUACAGUAUUUAUUGAAAAAGGCCAAACUUUUUUGUGUGUUUAAACACUUUUAUUUUCUGUGCAUUUAAAGAUUGUGUUGUGACAAAGUCUGACCUGAUUUGUGAUUUUAGUCGUGCCAACACAUUUGUUUACAUUUGAUUUCAAGAUGUUUUUACAGAAUAUUUCUGAUGUAUUGUGUAAUGUGUGUACGUGAAGUGUCUCAGCCUCUGGCUUUUAGCUCUUGGAAAUUAGGUGGAGCUUUAAUAAACUCUUGAUUUUUUCCCCCCCUCACCUUA